AUGACAAAAAUGAUUCGCUUUCGAAAUAAAUGGAUAAUAUUGUUCGCGAGCUUUUCGGCGAUCGGGUGUUUGCUGGUGGUGCUCGAGCUCGCGGGCACCGCGAGCAUGAAUAAUCGGGCGGGAAAUCUGUCGAUACUGAGCGAAUGGCUGCGUCGAUACUGGCCGAAACGGUUCUUGAUUCUUGUGUGGAAAUACGGACUUUAUCUCGAUCGACGUCACGUUCGUCAUUUCUCUACGGAAAACAGUGAAUCGACGUCGCCGUGGGAAGAAUGUUCGGUGCAAAACUGUCACUUGUCUUACCGCGACGAAGACCUCGCGAGGGCCGACGCAGUGGUAUUUCAUUUACACAUGAUACAAGGAGUCGAGGAGUUACCUGCGGCGAGAGGAAAACCCGGUCAAAUCUGGAUCUUCUUGACCGACGAAUCACCGCUUCACACGUUUCUUUACGCCGACGAAAAUUGGAAUGUUUCACAAUACAACGGGAUCUUUGAUUGGUCGAUGAGUUACAGGAGGAACAGCGAUGUGCCAGUGCCCUAUGGAAGAACGUUGGCGAAAAAAACUGUCGACGAGAGUUGGAGACGAUCGCGAAAGCGAAGAAACAAGUUGGUUGCCAUUCUGGGGAGCAAUUGUUCAGGGAACAAUCGUCGUUGGGAAUACGUGAAUGAGCUUGAGAAUUUUCUUGGUGAAAAACUCGACAUUUUCGGCCGAUGUUUGAACGGAAACGCGACCGCUUGUCCCGGGCAUUUCGAUAAGGACUGUCCGAUCCUUGGCUCCUACAAAUUUUACUUGGCUUUCGAAAAUUCCAACUGCCGCGAGUACCUCACGGAAAAGGUGUUUUGGAACGCGUUCGAGAAGGGAUCGGUGCCGAUAAUAAUGGGGGCACCUCGAUCCGACUGCGAGCGACUUCUCCCGCCCGGUUCCUUUAUUCACGUUUCUGAUUUCGAGUCUUCUAGCAGUCUUGCUAGAUAUCUUUUGUACCUCGAUAACGCCGACGAUGCCUACGACGCGUAUCACGAAUGGCGCUCGAAAUACACGGUCGUAAACGAACACGGUUACUUCGGAUCGAUUUCGAAACAUUAUUGUCGCGUUUGCGAAGCUCUACACAACAAUAAUCGACCAUCGAAGAUUCCAAAGUAUCAAAGAAUUAAAGAUUUUUUGAAUGUCGGUAGAGACUGUGAUCCCUAUCGCGAUGUUUGAUUUUAGAAAAUAGACGCGAUUUCAAGAGAAUUUGCGAAAUCCCGUUAUCUCUAUUCACGCAAUAUGCACUGAGCAUACGAAUGUGUGUAAAUGUGUACACGCU